GGUGGGCGUGGCUUCACCACCACCCCAUAUAUGGCAAUAAUGGGCGUGGCCCGCCGCAAGGCUCAGCCAAUCACCGCGCGUAUGGGCGUUUCCCGCCACGCAGUGCUCGGCCAAUCACCGCGCCUGGGCGUUUCCCGCCGCGCAGAACUCGUCCAAUCACCGCGCCUGGGCGUUUCCCGCCACGCACAACUCGUCCAAUCACCGCGCGCGUGGGCGUGGCCAACGUGAGGGGGGCGAAGAAGAAGGGCGUGGCCCGCCCUGAGGGCGGCCCAAGAUGGCGGCGCGGCCAUGGCCGCCGCUGCUGCCGCUGCUGCUGCCGCUGUUGGCGGGGCCCGAGCGCGGCUCCCGCUCCGCUUUGGGGCCCGGUUUGGGGCCCGGGGGCGCCGCCGCGUAUUUCCCCGAGGAGCGCUGGAACCCCGAGUCGCCGCUGCGGCCGCCGAGCGUGGCCGUGGCGCUGCUGGCGCGGAACGCGGCCCACGCGCUGCCGCUGGUGCUGGGGGGGCUGGAGAGGCUGAGGCACCCCCCGGACAGGAUGGCGCUCUGGCUGGCCGCUGACCACAGCGUGGACAACACCUCGGCGGUUCUGUCCGAGUGGCUGAGCCGCGUGCGGAGCCGCUACCACCGCGUGAGCUGGAGGCACCAGGAGCUGCCCAGGUCGUUCCCCGAUGAGGAGGGUCCCAAGCACUGGAGCCCCUCUCGCUACGAGCACCUGAUGCGGCUGCGCCAGGAGGCCCUGGAGGCUGCCCGGGCCAUGUGGGCCGAUUACCUGCUGUUCCUGGACGCGGACAAUGUGCUGCUGAACCCCGACACGCUGGCGCUGCUGAUGGCCGAGAACCGCACGGUGGUGGCGCCGAUGUUGGACUCGCGCGCCGCGUACUCCAACUUCUGGUGCGGCGUCACCGCGCAGGGCUAUUACCGCCGCACGGCCGCCUAUUUGCCGAUCCGGCGCCGGGAGCGCCGCGGCUGCUUCGCGGUGCCGAUGGUUCACUCCACGUUCCUGCUGGACCUGCGCCGGGAGCGCUCGCGGCGAUUGGCCUUCCACCCGCCCCCGCCCGGCUACGGCGGCCCCUUCGACGACAUCCUCGUCUUCGCCGCCGCCUGCCGGCACGCCGGGGUGCAGAUGUUCGUGUCCAACCGGGAGCAGUUCGGGUUCCUGCCGGUGCCGCUGCGCUCCCGGAGCUCCGUGCGGGACGAGGCCGAGAACUUCCUGCACGUCCAGCUGGAGAUCAUGGUGAAGCUGCCCCCGGCCGAGCCGUCCCCCCACGUGUGGGUCCCUCCCAAGGUCUUGGACAAGUUGGGAUUCGAUGAGGUAUUCCUGAUCAACCUCCGCCGCCGCCCGUCCCGCCGGGCGCGGAUGCUCCGCUCGCUGCGGGAACUGGGGGUCGCCCCCAAACUGGUGGAGGCCGUGGACGGCCGGGCCCUGAACCGCAGUCAGGUGGAGGCGCUGGGGGUGCGGAUGCUGCCGGGGUACCGCGACCCCUUCCACGGGAGACCCCUGACCCACGGCGAGGUGGGCUGCUUCCUCAGCCACUUCCGGGUCUGGCAGGAGAUUUCGGCGCGGGGCCUGCAGCGCUCGCUGGUGUUGGAGGACGAUCUUCGCUUCGAGGUUUUCUUCCGCAGCCGCCUGGAGGAGCUGAUGGAGCGGCUGGAGGAGGCGGCGCUCGACUGGGACCUCAUCUACCUGGGCCGGAAGCGGCUGGAGCCGGAGCGCUCGGAGCGCGGCGUGCCGGGCGUGCCGCAGCUGCUGCGCCCGGGCUACUCCUACUGGAGCCUGGGCUACGCGCUGUCGCUGCGCGGCGCCCGCAAGCUGCUCGCCGCCGAGCCCCUGGGCAAGAUGAUCCCGGUGGACGAGUUCCUGCCCCUCAUGUUCGACCGGCACCCCAGCCCCGAGUAUUCCCGGCACUUUUCCCGGCGGGAUCUCCGCGCGUUCUCGGCGGAGCCGCUGCUGCUGUUCCCGACGCACUACACGGGAGAUCCCGGAUACGUCAGCGACACCGAGACCCCCCCGCAGCCCCCCGAAAUUCCGGAAAAAUCCCGGAAUUCCCACCCUGACGGCGACACCGAGAGCCCCCCGCAGCCCCCCGAAAUUCCGGAAAAAUCCCCAACGGAAUCCCGGAAUUCCCACCCCGACGGCGACACCGAGAGCCCCCCGCAGCCCCCCGAAAUUCCGGAAAAAUUCCCAACAGAAUCCCGGAAUUCCCACCCCGACAGCGACACCGACACCCCCCCGCAGCCCCCCGAAAUUUGGGAUGGGGAAGAAUUCCUGUGGGAAUCCCAAAAUUCCCAACCCCGGCGUGACGGCGACGCCCACGAGGAGCUCUGAGCCCGAAAUUGGUGAAAUUUGGGAAAAAAUCCCACGGGAAUCCCGGAAUUCCCAACCUCAGGAACGAAAAGCUCCGAUCCCAAAAUCCCCAAAAUUUGGGAAAAGUUCCCACAGGAAUCCUGGAAUUCCCACCCCCAAAGCGACCCCAAAAUCCCCCGAAAUUUGGGAAGAAUUCCUGCUGGAAUCCUGGAAUUCCCAACCCAAACACAAAGAGCUCUGAUCCCAAAAUUCGUGAAAAUUUGGGAAAAAUUCCCACGGGAAAUUCCGGAAUUCCCAACCCCAAAACGACCCCAAAAUCGCCAAAAUUUGGGAAAAAUUCCCGUGGGAAUCCCAGAAUUCCCAACCUCAGGCAGGACAAGGUAUUGCCCAAAAUCCUCAAAAUUUGGGAAAAAUUCCUGUGGGAAUUCCAGAAUUUUCAGCCUCAGGCACGGAAAGCUCCGGUCCCAAAAUCCCCAAAAUUUGGGAAAAAAUCCCACGGGAAUCCCGGAAUUCCCAACCCAAACACGAAGAGCUCCGAUCCCAAAAUUCGUGAAAAUUUGGGAAAAUUCCCGUGAGAAUCCCGGAAUUUUCAGCCCCAGGCAC